AUGGUCGUCCUCAACUUCACCCUCACCCCAGAGGCGGCGUCUAGGGUCCACGAUCUUCUUGUCUGCCUCGGCAAAUUCAGUGACACCGUAGCCAUCGAGGCACGUCGGGAAAAGCUUACAUUCACCGCACUCAACCCUUCCAAAUCUGCGUAUGCCGCUGUCACAUUGGACGGCAGGCAGUUCUUCGCCAGCUAUGAGUGUGUCCCAAGCCAUGGUGGACCCGACGGUCGCUUCACGUGCAGCAUGUACACCAAAGCGCUUCUGUCCGUCUUCAAAGGGCGUCUGCACGAUCCAAUGGGACGAGAUGGCGCGAUAGACCGCUGUGAAGUGAGCGUGCAGGAACGAGAGAAUGAGGCGCAGUGUCGCUUCAUUUUCAAGAUGGUGUGCAACCAGGGUGUCAUCAAGACGUACAAGCUCACCUACGAAGCCGUGGACGUCAUGCACGCGCUGUUUGAUCGGUCGGUAGCGAAAAACCGGUGGACGAUGCACGCUAGUGCAGUAAAGGAGUACAUUGAAUACUUUGGCACCAAAACCGAAAUGCUCGACAUCUUUGCUGGCGAAGACGGCCGCUGUGUCUUCAAGAGCUACACCGAAAAAAUCUCCAAUGGCAAAGAGAUCUUGAAGCACCCGCUCGUCACAGCCGUGGCAGUCAACACGUCUGAUUUUGAACAGUUUACAGUGCAAGCCGGUAUGCACAUCAUCAUCAACGUCAAAGACUUCAAAGCGAUUGUCAUCCAUGCAGACACGCUCAAGACAAGCUUGAAAGCUUUUUACUCUCAACCGACCAGGCCAUUACAGUUCAGCUACGGAUGCGACGGUUUAUUUUGCGAGUUUACGUUGAUGACUUCGGGGAAUUACACGGCGGCGCCACCUACUCCAGCUCCAGCUUUGGCUCCUCCUACAGUAAAUAGUAGAAACUCAUCUCGUGCACCAUCGGCAGCAACAGCGGGACCCGAAGGAAGUCGCAGCUUUCAGUCUGACAUGCCUCCACCAGUUCAACCAGCAUCUCGGCGCGAGGGUUCAAGCCGACUGGGUUCUCGUCAGACCUCAGCACAGGCGCAGUCGCCACGUCAUGACCCCGAAAGCCUCUUCGUUCCAGAAGACGAGGAUGCGGCCUGGGCUCCCAUGGAUUACGACAAAGAAGAGACUCUUGGGUGGGAUGCCAGUGCCAGCCACGAUGCAUCGGCUUUCCCAACCUUUACAGACAGCGGCAGUGCCUCCAAGGCAAACACGGUUGAGAGCAAUGAAGUCUUCGAGCCCACUCAACGCGUGUCACAAAUCAAGGGAUUGUGGUAGAUAUUCGACGACCAGGAGGUCUGACAUAUGUCAGCUAAGGUGGCAUCGUCCAAACACAUUUUACAUGUUCUCAGAGCCAUGGCGUAAUGACCCUGGCUAAUCCAUGUGCUUCAAC